AUGAAAAAGAAAAAGGAUGUAGAUCCAUCAUUGACGAAGUUCUAUUUUCACACACAUCGGAAAAAGGAUCAAAGUUGUGUAGGAGUUCAUGUCGAAUCUGCAUAUGAUAAAUUUGAACGGAAAAAGUUGGAGAUUUCUUCUCAAAAUCCAACUAUUCUGGGAGAGGAUGAAGCUGGUAGUCAACCAACUAUUAAAAUUCCACCUGAUUUAGAGUCGGUUGGAAAGAAGAAAGGGAGGGUAUUUGGUCUUGAAAUCGUUUCCAAGACUUUGAUUUCAGUAUCAAAUAAACCUUCAAGUGUUUCGAGUGACUCUCAAGAGGUUGAUGCUUUGAGAAGUUAA